AUGAAAUUCAUUGGCACAGAUGUUUCUUUCUUCAUUCUCUUCACCCUCACUGCUCUUUGGAAUGCAAGAGCUGAAGACUCUUGCUCACACCAGUGUGGGAAGCUGCUUGGUACCUGUUCUUGCCAAGUGACAUGCCAGUCCUUGGGGAUUUGCUGUCCUGAUUAUAAAGAGUUUUGUCUUCAAAUUUCUCCAUAUUCAGGAUCUCUGAUGGGAGGCAAAGACUUUUUGAUUGAAAAUACAGCUCUUAAUGCCUCUUCUGUGAUCACCUGCAGGUUCAAAGAGAAAAUCGAAACCAGUGGCUAUGUUGCCGAGGAUGGAAAAGCCCACUGCAUCUCCCCAUUACUGUAUGAGACUGGUUUCAUCCCUUUUGAAGUUUCUAUAGACAAUGGGCGGACAUUUCCAUAUUCUGGAACUUGGUUAUCAGUACAUCACAGCAAAGUUUCAGAUGGCGAAAAAUGCACACUGGUAAAUGCGACAAAAUGGCAAUACUACGGCACCCCCAACACUGAUGGAAACUUAACUGUUACCUGGACACACCAGUCGCUUGCAACAUCCUACAUCAACUUAGAAGUCUGGGGAUACCAGGAAACAGGUGAGAGUUACUCAGAAAACUGGUUGGCCGAAUGGAAGUAUCUUUACACUUUGGCAAGAAAAAUCCCUAAUACUGGGAAAUAUUCUUUCACUCCUGUACCUGCUGAAGGAAAUUACAGUACAUGGGACUUUGGAAUUUUGAGAAUUACACCCAGCAGCUAUUCUGAUGGGCAGAGCAACAUUCCAUCAAUCUGGAGUUCAGAGCAUGCCUUGGCUUGGCACCUUGGGAAAGACUUCAGAAAUGACCCAAGAGGAUGGGCAACUGUGAAAUGUAUGGAAUGGGACAGAAAGGAGGAGAAACUUCCAAACUUCCUAGAAGAAAUUAUAGAUUGCCCUUGCACCUUGGCACAAGCAAGAGCUGACACUGGCAGGUUCCAUACAGAUUAUGGCUGUGACAUUGAAAAGGGGAGUGUGUGUACUUACCACCCUGGGGCUGUGCAUUGUGUAAGAGCCAUUCAAGCCAG